AUAUGAGAGGAAUGAGGAUGUUGAUGACCUGGAAGAUGGCUCAGAUAACUCACAACUUCUGCUGAUGAUGGCCAGACACACACAACUGAAGGACCUGCUUCAUGCUCACCAUCUUAUAGGUGGGUAUGAUGUCCUCCAGACUCGUAAAGGAGUGUGUGUCUCGUUGGCCACUGCAUACGAAGGCGUCUACCUUGAGACAUAUAACCUGGAGAUAGAUCUGGGAUCUAAUCUGAGGAUCUGCCGGCAUAACAUCCCUCCGUUCAUCCCCUUGGAGAGGCUUGUUACGCAGGGCAACAUGCAGACAGACAUCAGGGACUUCCUGGACACCCUCAGCCAGUAUCUCAAUGCCUACGCUGGCCGCAAGCAGCAGCUACACCUCACCAAGGAGAUCCAUAGCUCUGUUCAGGUGGCGGAAAGUAAUGCUCUCUGCACUAUACUGGUGCUGAUGUUCACUAUACCAGGAGAGAAGGCCGAGGCUACACUGUGUACACUGCAGUAUGCUGACCACACACAACGCCUGCCCACCCGGGUUAACAUAGAGUCUGAAGACACUGCGCUGGUGAGUUCUCCACAAUGGAAGAAGAACCAAGCCCUACUCCUGGGGACUCCAUUACACACAGCCUUGGUGACCAUGAAGAAGAAUGGCAGUAUCGCUUAAUCUGCUCACAGUAUACUGUAAAUACGCUCAUGACUGAAUAAUUGUUUAUGUCAAUGUAUUUCAUUUAUUUAACGUAUCUUUUUAUACUCAUUUCAUUGUCAGUCUUCCCUGUGGCUCAGUUGGUAGAGCAUGGUGUGUGCAACACCAGGGUUGUGGGUUCGAUUCCCACAGGGGGCCAGUACAAAAAAA